AUGGCGGUGCGAUCCCUCCACUCAGCCUCCCCUCCGCGCGCUUACCGGCUGCUGUUAGCCGUGGUAGCUUCGGCAGCGGCGUUGUCAGCAGCGGUGGUGCAUGGCCAGGACUUUUACGCGGGCACGGAUGUGAUCGAGCUGACGGCGAGCAACUUUCGCAGCAAGGUGGUGCAGGACGAUCAUGUGUGGAUGAUCGAGUUCUACGCGCCCUGGUGUGGCCACUGUCAACGAUUGAAGCCGGACUACAUCAAAGCAGCCACCGCCACCAAGGGCAUCGUGCGGUUCGGUGCGAUCAACUGCGACGAGCACAAGUCCAUCGCAUCGGAGUUCGGCAUCCGCGGCUUCCCCACGCUCAAGCUCUUCGGCGCCAACAAGAAACGACCAGAAGACUACAACGGUGCGCGCACGGCCAAGGCCAUGUCAGACGCAACAGUGGCGGCGCUACCCAACCUCGUGACCGUGCUCUCCUCCUCCUCGCUCCCUACCUUCCUCUCCGCCAACGCACACCUGCCCAAGGCGCUGCUCUUCACAGCCAAGUCCACCACCACUCCCUUGUACAAAGCCCUUGCCAUUGACCUCAAAGGACGCAUGGCGCUGGGGGAGGUGCGCAGCAGCAAGGAGGCGGGGCUCAUGGCGCAGUAUGGCGUGAAGCAGGGCCAGCUGCCGAGCUUGCUGGUGCUGCCGCUGAAAGAGGGGGAGGAGGGAGAGGGCGGAGGAGAGGGUGAGGGAGAUGUGCCGCGGUAUGAUGGUGAGCUGAAGCACAAGCCGCUGCUCAAGUUCCUGCAGCAGUACGCUCUCCCCAAGUCCAAGCCAGGCUCCUCCAGCAAGUCCUCAUCUUCCUCUUCCAAGCCCACCACCAGCAGCAGCAGCAGCAGCAGCAGCAGCAGUGGUGGGGGGUCAGGGUCAGGGUCAGGGAAGGCAGCAGGGGUGCAGCAGCUGACAAAGGCCAAGGAGGUGGAGGCGGGGUGUGUGAAGGGGAAAGGCUUCUGUGUCAUCGCACUGCUCAACGGCCUUGACACUGCUCAGGUGACGCAGCUGCAGCAGCUAGCCCUCAAGUACCACGGGGACCCCCUCCGCUUCUACUGGAUUGACACCACCGCAUCCCCCCCCUUUGCCGCUCUCUUCCUCGAGCCACACGGCAUCUCUGCCCCCCCCGCCGUGGCCAUCAUCAAUGCCAAGCGCGCCAAGUUUGCAGUGCAUGCAGGGGGUGUGGGGGAGGGGCUGGAGGCGCUGCUGGACCGCGCUGUGGGAGGAGACCUGCCGUUGCUCUCCAAGCUGCCUGGCGACUGGCAUGCGUCCAUUGAGAGCCAGCGAUAG